AUGGAUGUGCCGAAAGACGCACAAAAUGGAGAAACAACAACGGAUUUGACAAUUGAUGAGCUCUUCGAAUUUUGCCACUCAAUCACCGAGAAAAAAAUCGGCUUGGAUGUGGCCGUUGAUAAAUUGAAGACUUUUUCGAAUGAAACUCUCUGCAAGUUAUUGGAUACAAUUUCGAUCUUCGACCAAGGAAUCCCUGCCACUUCUAAAGAAGAUCCGAAAGAUGCGAAUCCAAUCAAGGAGUUUUAUAGGAUUCUCGAAGACGUGUAUAUUCCUGAAGAUGUACUCGCCUUGGAAAUCAAUGCUGGAAAACAGGAUCCAAGUCUCACGCAAGCAUCUAUUCGUUGUCGAACAAAACUUUAUUAUAAACAAGUGAAAUUCAACAUGUUGAGAGAAGAAAGCGAAGGAUUCUCAAAGCUUGUUACCGAGCUUGUCGACAAUGAUGCGGAUCUUUCAGCAAAUGAGAUCUGUAAUCGGAUCUUUUCUUUAAUAGGUCAAUUCAAUUUGGACCCGAAUCGAGUUUGUGAUGUGAUUCUGGAAUGUUUCGAAGCAUCUCUUGACCAAAGCGGCGAAUUCAUCGACAUUCUGCACGAACUACAUGUCAAUCGAGAAUACAUCACUACGCUACUCGGAUUCAAAUUCACAUUUUACCAUGACCAGUCAGCUCCAACUCCAUACUCGAUUUAUCUUGUUGCGGCUCACCUGAUAGCGAAUAAAUUUGUGGAACUUUCCGACAUUUGUCCAUAUAUGUUUCCAUCAUCGGAUAAAAUCAAAGAGUUACGACAGGAGCAGAUUGCAAAUGCAACGAAAAGAGCAAAACAUGCGGAGGUUAUUCAUACAGCAAACAUCUUUGUUGAAGCAAAGGCUCAACCACUAUUGGAUUCGGGGGAAGCAACUGGUGUCCAAGGAAUUCCGUUUGCUACAGUGGUUGCUCAACAAGAAGCCGAGGACUUGAAAAUAUCGGAAAAUUUUGAAGAGAAUCGAGUGCUGGAAACAAAUCAAAAAGUAGGACUCAUCUGUGCUUUGUGCGAGAUUGGCGCGUGGGAAUCUGCAAAAGAGCUCUUGGAUUGCAUGCCUGACGGAUUUGCUGUGUCUGGAGUGCCCCGGAUUUCUCGAGCGAUUGCCACAAUGAUUGAAGCCGCUCUUGACGAAUUCUAUCAUCAGAAAUGUGACUCAAGUCUUCGAAGGAAAUCGGUAAAAAGGAACUACUCUCUGAAGUUACAACCGUCUAUCCCAAAAGUCUCUGAUUGGACCGAUCUCUGUGAACUCUCAAAGACAAUUGGAUAUCUCGGACCACGGAUAGGGUAUCGACCAUCUUGUUACGCGAAGCUUCUGCGGCUUAUUCACGUGUUCAUUAUUGACAAUAAGAUCUAUGCUGGACAAAAGAAUGAAGAUUACCCGGAAAUCACACAAAUGUUGGACAGUGUGAUCAUCCCAGGAAUGACACUACUUGACGGAAAUUGUGGAAUAGCUGAGGAAGUGUGGACGUUGUUGCAAAUGUAUCCGUAUCAAGAACGUUUUCAUUUUUACGGGAGAUGGAAGAGCUCGCAUACGACUCGCUAUCCUGAAUUGCUGAUUCAGAAAGGAAAGCUUCUUGGACGCACGAAAUAUCUACUAAAACGUCUUUCCAAAGAAUCAUCUCGACAAAUGGGCCGCCAACUAUCGAAAUUGUGCUUUGUCUAUCCAUUCGCCGUUUUUGAUUACUUGUUAUCGCAGGUUCAAACGUUUGACAACUUUAUUGAGCCGAUCGUUGAGAGUAUUCGAUAUCUUUCGAAUCUUUCGUUCGACAUUUUGAUUUAUAGCAUUAUUGGUCAACUUGCGAGCUCGCACAAGCAACAACUAAACGAAUCCGAUGGCUCUCUGUCCGCUUGGCUCCAAUCUCUUGCUUCACUAACUGGAAAUGUCUUCAAAAGAUAUAGUGCCGAACUUCUUGGAAUGCUUCACUAUAUUAUCAAUCAAUUGAGAGUGGAAAAAAGUUUCGACCUAUUAAUCCUACGCGAGAUUGUCCAUAUGAUGGGAGGGAUCGAGGCGUAUAGUGGACUCACGCAAGAACACCUUGAAGCUUUAUCUGGAGGAAUGACGCUGAGACAAGAAGGUGCUUCAUUUGCUGGUGCGAAGAAUAAGCACGCAUGCACGAGGUUGAGAGAAACGCUUCUACAGGGUGAUCUUGCAAUCAGCUUAUAUAUUUUGAUGGCUCAACAUCAUCAAUGCCUCGUCUACAAGGCUUCGCUGAAUUAUCCACUAAAAUUGACCGGAGAGCUCGUUGAUCAGUGCCGAGACACUCUCCUUCAAUACAGCGAGUUUGUGGUGACAAAUUUGAAGAACAGCGAUUAUUGCAAUUUGGUCCCACCAAUCGACGAACUACUCGGAAAAUAUAAACUUUCUGUGGAUAUGGCCAUGUCACUGUAUCGGCCUGUAUUUAUGACUGAAGUCUACAAGAUUUUCCACGCAUCAAUGGAGGCACUAAAAAUGACGGAAAAAUUAGAAGAAGAAGUGGAAACAGAAGCUGAACCCGGAGAAGUGAAAGAAAAGGGAGACAAAGGCAAAGCAAAAAAUGGAUCUAGCAAGCUAAAUGCGGCUCUUGAGCAAUCGUUCUUCAAAGCUGCUCUGGAACAAGCGUUGGACCGCGUGGUAAAUCGAAUCGGUUCCUACUUUGACUCGUUCACGUAUGCUAAGCAAUUAAACGUUCGAACUUUUUGCAUGUUCUGGCUUCUCUCACGAUACGAUUUGGAAGUUCCAACUAAUGCGUACGAAAGGGAAAUCGAAAAGAUUCGACGGCAACGAAACGAUCUGGGGAACAAUUAUGAGGCCCGCGCUCGUAGGAAAGAAGAAGAACGCUUAAAAAGCGUUGAGUCAAAGUUGAAUGAGGAGCUGAAGUCGCAAAAGGAACACGUCGAACGAAUGCAUAUGGCAUUAGUGGCUAUGAAGGACGAUAUUUUUGUUGCUACAACAUUAAGAUCGGGCCAAGCGUCAUCUUUCCUACAGACGUGCCUUUUGACGAGAGCUGUCAUUUCUCAAGCCGAUGCGCUUUAUGCGGCUGCUUUCUUCAAGAAGUUACAUAUUAUCCGAGCGGCUAAUAAUGUUACCGUGCUAGUUGUUGAUAAACUCUUCUCCGACGUUCUCCCGCUUUUGCUUGGAUUGACAGAAAAUGAAGCCGCCUCGCUGGGACAAUUUUUGCAAUCGAUGAUGGAACUUUUACUUUAUUGGAGGAACGAAUCCGUUUAUGAAAAGGAAUGUUACAAUUGCCCUGGUUUUGAGAAGAAAGGUGCCAAAGCAAACGAGGGGAUGAUUCUGAUUGACGUGAAAGGAUUUCAACGGCUUUGCUUUAAAUAUCAAUUCCAAAUGGGCAGAACAUUUGCCAAUCUUUUGCAGAGAAAGGAUGAGGAUUACAUUGUUGUACGAAAUUCGCUUCUCUUUUUGACUAAGCUUUUGCCGGUGUUCCCUGUUGUCAAAUUUAUCGCUGACGAUUUAUGGACGAUAGCGGAACGUCUUCGUGAUCAAGAGAAAGGAAAACGAGAUGAUUUGUCAUUGAAGACAGCCAGCUACAUGUCACACUUGAAAAAACGUAAAGUGAAAGUGUUUGAAUCACUUGAAUUUGCCUCAACGCUACCGAAACCAGUUCAAUCUACAUUGCUACCAAAACCGGAACCGGACAAUAAGGUGGUGAAGAAACGGAAGCUAACGAAAACGAGUAAGUCAAUUGAAAGCGAUGAUGGAUCAACUGCUAAAGUUUCACGAUUGACAACUACAGAAAAUGGUAACGAUCCGGUGGACCCAAAACCUUCUGAAACAUCGAACGGCAGUGAAGUGAAAAAAGAAAAAGAGCGAAAAAAGGAGAAGAAGGAAACUAAAGAGAAAACAUCUUCGAAAGAGAGUCAACGAAAUGGAUCCACUAAAAUGCUCGAUGAUGGGGAGAUCCCUCCAAGCCCGAUGCCUUUAAAGGAACGUGUCAGCCGCAAAGUCGAUCCCAAAAGGGAU